AUGAAUCUUGAUAAUUCCUCUAGAGAAAAUUCGGAAGCUUUAGAUACAAUUGGUACUGUGAGCCCGAGAGAAAAAUACCACGGUAUGAGGGAGAAGAAAUUAUCAGCUGCAUCCUUGACGAAUACAGAAGGAGCGCGGCCAAAAGUGGUGACGGUGAAACAUCCAGAAUCAAACAAGCCAAAACCAACCGCCCGAAAAAACAAGCCCAUCCAAGCCGACCUAGACGUCGUUAGAGAAUUUAUAAGAUGCAGAGAUGAAGGUGUUAAAAGACUUGAUCUCAGUAAAUCAUCUAUAACAUCUUUACCUCCUAAUGUGAGAGAUUUGACACAUCUUGUUGAGUUUUAUUUGUAUGGAAAUAAACUAGUAGCUCUUCCUGCCGAGUUUGGUUGUUUAACCAAUCUACAGACCCUAGCACUUAAUGAAAAUUCCCUGACAAGUUUGCCUGACUCACUGGCUCAUUUAAGAUCAUUAAAAGUAUUAGAUCUCCGACACAAUAAAUUAAGUGAUAUUCCUGAAGUUGUCUACAAAUUAACAUCACUGACAACAUUAUUUUUACGCUUCAAUCGAAUAAGAGUAGUUGGUGAUGGCAUAGCUAAUCUUACAAAUCUAACUAUGUUGAGCUUAAGAGAAAAUAAAAUAAAGGAACUCUCUUCUGGCAUCGGAAAACUUGUAAACUUGGUUACUUUUGAUGUUUCCCAUAAUCAUUUAGAGCAUUUACCGCAAGAGAUAGGUAAUUGUGUUAAUUUAUCUACAUUAGAUUUGCAGCACAAUGAGUUGUUAGACAUUCCAGAUACAAUUGGCAACUUACAAGCGCUAAAUCGUAUUGGCUUGAGAUAUAAUAGACUCAAUGCUAUACCAGCUUCUUUAAGCAACUGUAAACAUAUGGAUGAAUUUAAUGUAGAAGGGAACUCAAUAUCUCAACUUCCAGAUGGACUACUGUGUAGUCUGACUGAGCUUACAAGUCUUACACUAUCCCGAAAUUCAUUUAUGAGUUACCCUAGUGGAGGGCCAGCACAAUUUACAAGUGUUUCAUCUAUAAAUCUAGAACACAAUCAAAUAGAUAAAAUACCUUAUGGAAUAUUUUCAAGGGCAAAAAAUUUAACCAAAUUGAUAAUGAAAGAAAAUUUGUUGACAUCCCUUCCACUGGACAUUGGAACAUGGACAAACAUGGUGGAACUUAAUCUGGGUACAAACCAACUUGUUAAACUACCUGAUGAUAUACAAAGCUUAAUUAACUUAGAAGUGCUGAUCCUAUCAAACAAUCUUCUUAAGAGGAUCCCACCAAGCAUUGGCAACUUGAGAAAGUUAAGAGUGUUGGAUUUAGAAGAAAACAAGAUUGAAAUCCUUCCGAAUGAAAUAGGAUUUUUGCAGGAAUUGAAAAAACUGAUUGUUCAAUCUAAUCAAUUGACAUCACUGCCGCGGUCAAUCGGUCAUCUGAUAAAUCUCACAUAUCUUAGUGUUGGUGAAAAUAACUUGCAAUAUUUACCUGAAGAGAUAGGCACACUUGAGAAUUUAGAAUCGCUGUACCUCAAUGAUAAUCCUAAUUUAUGCAAUCUGCCAUUUGAAUUAGCUCUAUGUGUUAGCUUACAAAUUAUGAGUAUUGAGAAUUGUCCUUUGACCUCUCUCCCACCAGAUGUUGUAUCUUCAGGGCCGUCUUUGGUGAUCCAAUAUCUUAAAUCACAAGGGCCUUAUAGAUCCAUGUGA